GCGAACGGCACAUCGGCACUUACGACGCUCUGCCGCCGACCGUGGAAUCGGGGAGGUGUGAUUGAAGGUGCGUUGACGUUGCUAUUUAGUUAAUUGAAUCCGCGCGUGGAGGGAGUACUACUAGUAUCCAGAAGUGAAAGUUUCGUUAGUCUGUGGCCACACUGCGCAGCGACCAAGGUUAGUGUUUAGCAGUGCCACUGCAUCUGGACCGAAUCGAGCCAUGAGGGAAGCAUUGGUUGUUGCGUUCGCGCUGCUGGCGUACCACUGCUGCAUUGGCCAUGGAGAAACUCAGGACAGUGGCGCUCCAGUGUGGGGCUACCGGUGCGUCGAGGAUCGUUGCGUGAAAACACCGUUCUCGGAGGAUUACCCGCGGGAGAAAGCGAUCAGCUUGGCGGCCUGCCGAUUGUUUUGUGGCAAUGGUGCCGGCUUGCUAUGGCCUCAGCCCACCGGACCCAUCACGAUCGGUACCGACCUGGUGCACAUCGACCCGGAACAGGUUUGGUUCGAGUGGAACGAAAAGCUACACCAGUUGGCACCACUGUGGGAGACCAAUAAGGAACGAUUCCGUCGACAACUUCUCGCUACGGCCCAAGGCGUUUCACUACGUAGCGGUGGACGCAGCAUGCACGUCAAGAUCGAUGUUGAGGACGAAUCGCUCACAUUGAACCACGGUACCGACGAGAGCUACACGCUAACCGUUGGCGGCUCGAAGGGUGACGGAGCUUUGCUGGCAACGAUUAAGGCAAAAACAUUCUUCGGUGGCCGCCACGGACUUGAAACGUUGUCGCAGUUUGUCUUUCUCGACGAUAUCCGUGAUGAGCUGCAGGUAGUGGGCUCGCUGAACGUUUCCGAUGCUCCAGCCUAUCCACACCGCGGGCUGUCCCUCGAUACGUCACGUAAUUUUCUGACGGUGGAGUCAUUGAAGCGUACUCUCGAUGCCAUGGCCAUGGUGAAGCUGAACGUGUUCCACUGGCACAUUACGGACUCGCAGAGCUUCCCGAUGGUGAUCCGAUCGCGGCCGACGCUGCAUACGUACGGGGCGUACAGCCGGCACCAGGUUUACACGGCGGCCGAUAUUCGCGAUCUGGUGCAGUAUGCCAUCGAGAGGGGAAUCCGAAUUGUGCCCGAACUGGACGCUCCGGCGCACGUCGGUGAAGGCUGGGAAAAGCUGAACGUCACGAGUUGCUUUAACUACCAACCGUGGGAAAACUAUUGUGUCGAACCACCGUGCGGUCAGCUCGAUCCAACGAAGGACGCAGUGUACGACAUUCUGCAGGACAUUUACCGCGAGAUGAACGAGGUGUUCAAUCGGUCCGAUCUGUUCCACAUGGGAGGCGACGAGGUGUCGAUCCGCUGCUGGAACGCUACCGAGGGCAUCCGGAGCUGGAUGAAACAACGCCAAUGGGGCCUAGAGGGGUCGGAUCACAUGAAACUGUGGAACUACUUUCAAACGGAAGCCCUCCGUCGGCUGGACACUACAUUGCCGGACGCUGGAAGCCGUCCAAUCGUAAUGUGGACGAGUAAACUAACGGAGUCGCCAUACCUUGAACAGUACCUCGACAAAGAUCGCUACCUCAUCCAGGUUUGGACUACCGGGAAUGAUAGCAGGGUAGUGAACUUACUGGAGAAGGGUUACCGAUUGAUCAUCUCCAACUACGAUGCGCUCUACCUCGACUGUGGGUUCGCCGGGUGGGUCACGGAUGGCCUCAACUGGUGCGCACCGUAUAUCGGUUGGCAGAAGGUGUACAAUAACGAUUUGAUGGCGAUCGGUGGCCCGUACGCACAGCAAAUACUCGGCGGUGAGGCCGCUUUGUGGAUGGAGCAGUCGGACAGCUACACGUUGGAUGGCCGCCUUUGGCCAAGAUUGAGCGCCCUGGCCGAACGGCUCUGGAGCAAUCCCCGGGCCGGCUGGCAGGCGGCCGAAUCACGGAUGCUCAUGCAUCGCGAACGCUUGGUGCUCGGUGGAAUCGCGGCCGACAGCCUUCAACCGCAAUGGUGCCUACAGAACGAAGCCAACUGUCCGAUCGGAGGCGAUGUUGGCCGUUCUUGAUCGCUAGCUUUGGUCAAUUUAGAAUUGAACUUUAAAUUCCAAAUUCCUGCCUCUUUAAUGCUCUCACUUCAAGGUCCAUUAUUCAGACUGCAAACCCGUUUGGCUGAUUACGUAUAAAUAAACGAUAGUUGCUUUAUUGUUUACUCAUA